AACUGUAACGAGAUCUUACACAAUGGGUGAAAGAAAAGGUGUAAAUAAAUAUUAUCCCCCCGAUUAUGAUCCCAGAGUCGGGGGGCUCAAUAAAUUUUUGGGUACCCACGCUCUUAGAGAAAGAGCCCGAAAAAUAGAUAAAGGUAUUAUUAUAAUUCGUUUCGAAAUGCCCUAUAAUAUAUGGUGUGAGGGUUGUAAAAAUCACAUCGGAAUGGGGGUUAGAUACAACGCGGAAAAAACAAAAGUAGGAAUGUACUAUACAACUCCAGUAUAUGAAUUUAAAAUGAAAUGCCAUUUAUGUGAUAACCAUUUUGUAAUCAGAGCAGAUCCAGCAAAUCUAGAUUACGUUAUUCAGUCUGGAGCUAGGCGACAAGAAAAUAGAUGGGAUCCAACCAAAAAUGAGCAAAUCGUACCUGAAACCAAAGAAACGCAAAAGAGAUUAUUCGACGAUUCCAUGUAUAAACUUGAGCAUGGGAGUGAGGAUAAAAAUUCAGCGGAUAGUGCAAAACCGAGAUUGGUUAAAUUGUUUACCAGGAAUGAAGAUGUAUGGGCUGAUUCCUAUUCGGCAAAUCAGAUGCUCAGAGCACAGUUUAGGAAAGCUAAUUAUGAUUUGAAGCAAACGGCCUCCCAAGACCAGCUUCUUUUGAAGAAAUCUAGUCUUGAUAUACCUCUACUACCAGAAAGAGAAGAAGAUAAAAAAGUAGCGACGCUUCUCAGUAUGAAAUUAAAACCAUCUAAAAGUAUAACUGAAAAUACAGAAACUAUUAGAAAAAAUAUAAUAUCUCAAUCUUCCCUACCUACUGUUAAUUUUUCAAGGAGUAAAGAAGAAAAGGCUAUGAAGAUUUUACAUCAGGGUAAACAAGAAUUGGGUAUAGUUCAUAAGAGAAGUAGUUCUUCCUUGACUAAUGAUGGAAAAUCAAAUGUUACAGAAAAUGAAGAUGUUAAAAAAUGUAAAAUUACAUCGUUGGUUGGAGAUUAUGGAUCAUCUGAAUCGGAAUGAAAGCGAAGAAGUGGUUGAAUAGACAAUGGUAAUAUCAAAAAUGGAACAGUAACUUUGGAGAAGAAGUGUCUGGUGUAAAGCCACAGAUAGGGACAGUGGUGACACGAAUUUUACAUUUUCUUGAUAUAUAAGAAACAUAAACAAUUUAAUAAUUUGUUAUUAUUUCAAGUAAAAAUUGCACUUUUGCAUUUGAUUUGAUUUCAAUUGGCAAAUGAUUGUGCAUUUUUUUCACAUUGCAAAAUAUUGAGCCCUUAACUAAUUCUGAAUGUGGAGUUAGUAGAUAAAGUUUGUACUCUGUAUCGAGUUUUUUAAUUAAAAAUUUAUACAGUUUAUAA